AUGGCUGUUCAACCUACUAGGAUUGGUCUAGCUGGACUAGCUGUGAUGGGUCAGAAUUUAGCUCUCAACAUUGCAGAGAAAGGCUUCCCAAUCUCUGUUUACAACAGAACAACUUCCAAAGUUGACGAGACUGUGGAACGAGCCAAGAAGGAAGGGAAUCUUCCUCUCUAUGGCUUCCAUGACCCUAAGUCUUUCGUCGAUUCGAUUCAGAAGCCACGUGUUAUAAUCAUGCUUGUUAAGGCCGGUGCGCCCGUCGACCAGACCAUCAAGACACUCUCUGCUUAUUUGGAGAAAGGUGAUUGUAUCGUGGAUGGUGGUAAUGAAUGGUAUGAGAACACCGAGAGGAGAGAAAAAGCCGUGGCUGAGAACGGUUUACUUUACCUUGGAAUGGGAGUUUCUGGUGGUGAAGAAGGUGCUCGUAAUGGCCCAUCUAUGAUGCCUGGUGGCUCUUAUGAAGCUUACAAGAAUAUCGAAGACAUUGUUCUCAAGGUUGCGGCCCAGGUUAGGGAUAGUGGUCCCUGCGUGACUUACAUCGGGAAGGGCGGGUCUGGAAACUUUGUCAAAAUGGUCCACAAUGGGAUUGAGUACGGUGAUAUGCAGCUGAUUGCAGAAGCUUAUGACGUCCUGAAAUCUGUUGGUAAAUUAUCGAAUGAUGAGCUUCACAGUGUGUUCACUGAGUGGAACAAAAGUGAGCUUGAGAGUUUCUUGAUUGAGAUCACAGCGGAUAUUUUCGGAAUCAAGGACGAUAAGGGAGAUGGGCAUUUGGUUGACAAGGUUUUGGACAAAACCGGCAUGAAAGGUACCGGAAAAUGGACUGUGCAGCAAGCCGCUGAGCUAUCUGUUCCUGCUCCCACCAUUGAAUCCUCUCUUGAUGCGAGGUUCCUCAGCGGGCUAAAAGAUGAACGUGUGCAAGCAGCUAAAGUCUUCAAAGAAGGUGGGUUUGGCGAUAUCUUAACCGACCAAAAAGUUGACAAGAAACAGCUAAUCGACGACGUGAGGAAAGCUCUUUACGCAUCCAAAAUCUGCAGCUACGCGCAAGGCAUGAACCUAAUCCGUGCCAAGAGUAUCGAAAAAGGCUGGGGCUUGAAGCUAGGUGAGCUAGCUAGAAUCUGGAAAGGAGGCUGCAUCAUCAGAGCUAUCUUCUUGGACAGGAUCAAGCAAGCUUAUGACAGGAACGCAGAACUGGCUAACCUCUUGGUCGAUCCUGAGUUUGCAAAAGAAAUAAUCGAGAGACAAUCCGCUUGGAGAAGAGUCGUCUGCCUAGCUAUCAACUCGGGUAUUAGCACACCCGGUAUGUCAGCGAGUCUCGCCUACUUUGAUUCAUACCGAAGAGAGAGAUUGCCCGCGAAUCUCGUCCAGGCUCAAAGAGAUUACUUUGGUGCUCAUACAUAUGAAAGGACUGAUGUUGAAGGAUCAUUCCACACCGAGUGGUUCAAGAUCGCAAGGCAAUCAAAGAUCUGA